AUGGUGAAAUUUUCAAAGCAAUUUGAGGGUCAGCUAGUUCCCGAAUGGAAAGAGGCCUUUGUCGAUUAUUGGAAACUCAAGAAGGACCUCAAGAAAAUCCAUCUCCUCAACAAUGAGAAAUCAGAAAUCAAAAAACAAUCUAAUUAUUCUUCAAGUACACUAGUUUCCUACAUAAACAAGUACACUUCUCUUGGCCUGAGGCUGAAGCAAAGAGAACACACAGUCAUUCAAGUUCACCAGAAGCUUGCAGCAUCUGCUAGUCAGGGAUAUACGUAUGAGACAGAGCUGCUUGAGCAAUUUUCUGAUACGGAUGCUGCCAUCGAGUUUUUUGCAUGUCUUGAUCUUCAACUUAACAAAGUGAAUCAUUUUUUUAGAACUAAAGAAAAGGAGUUUCUCGAAAGGAGCAAAUCAUUGAAGAAUCAAAUGGAGAUUCUCAUUGAGCUUAAAACCGCGGUGAAGCAACAACGUGCUAAAGGACCUUCCUUUCAGGACACGAAGGAGGAGGACUCGAUCUCGGGCACCAUAUCAUGUGAUGAAGAGUCAGUUAAGGACCGGACAGAACAAGAACAGGGGCUGAAGAACUCAACCGAUGAAUUGGACAAAAAUAGCAUGCAAUGCACAGUGUCCCCAACAUCUGAUGAACUGGGAAAGUCAAAGAGAAUGAAAAAAGAGGAUGGGAAAUUUAGGUCCUUAUCGGGUCGAAUCAUUAACUACCAAGGGAGGAACUUAAGAAUUCAUAUUCCUAUGACAAAUCCAACUAGAACAUUUUCGUCUAUCACAUAUUUACUCUGGGAUGAUUUGGUAAAUCAGUCCUCCAAGAAAUGUGGUUCGGAUGAAAAUAAAUUGCAUAUCAACAGAACGAAGCUACAUCAUGCGGAAAAAAUGAUUAGAGGAGCAUUUAUCGAGCUCUACAAAGGAUUAGGCUACCUGAAAACUUACAGGCACUUGAACAUGCUUGCUUUUGUAAAGAUUAUGAAGAAAUUUGACAAAGUGACUAACAAACAGGUUCUUCCCAUUUACAUAAGAGUGGUUGAGAGCUCCUACUUCAACAGUUCAGACAAGGCUUUGAAGUUAGCAGAUGAAGUUGAGGAGCUUUUCAUUAUGCGUUUUGCUGAAGAUGACAGAAGAAAGGCCAUGAAAUACCUUAAACCGACACAGCGCAAAGAAUCGCAUGCCACGACAUUUUUCAUUGGCUUAUUUACUGGAUGUUUCCUUGCGCUUUUCGUUGGAUAUGUCGUUAUGGCUCAUAUUACAGGGAUGUAUAGUCCUAAUUCAAAUACAGUCUACAUGGAUACCGUCUACCCUCUCCUUAGCAUGUUUAGCCUGCUAUUUCUACAUUUCUUUCUAUAUGGAUGCAACAUUUUUAUGUGGCGAAAGACACGAAUAAACUAUAGCUUCAUAUUUGAGCAGUCUCCAACAAAAGAACUAAAGUACAGUGAUGUGUUCUUGAUUUCAACCACAUCAAUGGCUGCUGUAGUCGGGAUCUUGUUUGUUCACCUAUCCCUCAUGUCAAAAGGUUACUCUUAUGCUCAAGUUCAAAUCAUCCCUGGCCUUCUGCUCCUGGUUUUUCUAGUAGUCUUGGUGUGCCCCUUCAACAUUGUCUACAAAUCAAGUCGUUUUCGUUUCCUUUCUGUAAUACGAAACAUCAUCUUAUCUCCCUUGUAUGAGGUCUCGAUGCUCGACUUUUUCAUGGCUGAUCAACUUUGUAGCCAGGUACCAAUGCUAAGGAAUCUAGAAUAUGUAGCAUGCUACUAUAUAACUGGGAGCUACAAAACUCUGGAUUAUGGAUACUGUGUGAGGACCACAUAUUAUAGGGACCUUGCUUAUGCAGUUUCCUUUUUACCUUACUACUGGAGGGCUAUGCAGUGCGCACGUCGAUGGUUUGACGAAGGGCAUAAAAGCCACCUUGUCAACCUAGGAAAAUACGUGUCUGCUAUGCUGGCAGCUGGAGCUAAAGUGGCGUACGAGAAAGAAAAAAGUGUGGGAUGGCUUUGCCUAGUUAUAGUCAUGUCAAGUGCUGCAACUUUGUAUCAACUGUAUUGGGACUUUGUAAAGGACUGGGGUUUGCUCCAGAUCCAUUCCAAGAAUCCAUGGCUAAGAGAUGAACUAAUUCUUCAGAAAAAGUUCAUAUACUUUUUCUCAAUGGGGUUGAACCUUAUUCUCAGGCUAGUAUGGUUGCAAACAGUUGUCCCCUACAAUUUUGGAAGUGUAGACUACAGAGUAACUGGACUAUUUUUAGCAGCACUUGAAGUUGUUAGAAGAGGGCAAUGGAAUUUUUACAGGUUGGAGAAUGAGCAUCUAAAUAAUGCUGGAAAAUUCAGAGCAGUGAAGACAGUACCACUUCCUUUUCAUGAAGUGGAUGAUGAAGAUUAA